CGCGUCGCUGAGCCGGGACUCGGGAGUCCCCCGGCCAGCGGGCCAGGCCAUGCUAUCGCGCGUGCGCGGCGGCCAUUUUGGCGAGCGGUGCGACGUUGAGUCAGUCGCCGGUGGCAGGACAGUCUCUUCCCGGCGGCCGAGACCCCGUAGUGCGGCGUGUAAAAUACAAGCAAGAUGUCUCGAAGAUAUGAUUCCAGAACUACUAUAUUUUCUCCAGAAGGUCGUUUGUAUCAAGUUGAAUAUGCUAUGGAAGCAAUUGGACAUGCAGGCACUUGCCUGGGAAUUUUAGCAAAUGAUGGUGUAUUGUUAGCAGCAGAACGGCGCAACAUCCACAAGCUUCUUGAUGAAGUCUUUUUUUCAGAGAAAAUAUACAAGCUUAAUGAGGAUAUGGCUUGCAGUGUUGCAGGGAUAACUUCAGAUGCUAAUGUUCUAACAAAUGAACUGAGACUUAUUGCACAAAGGUAUCUAUUGCAGUAUCAAGAACCAAUUCCUUGUGAGCAGUUGGUAACAGCACUGUGUGAUAUCAAGCAAGCUUAUACACAGUUUGGAGGAAAACGUCCUUUUGGUGUUUCAUUGCUGUACAUUGGCUGGGAUAAGCAUUAUGGAUUUCAGCUGUAUCAGAGUGAUCCUAGUGGAAACUAUGGAGGAUGGAAAGCUACAUGCAUUGGGAAUAAUAGUGCUGCAGCUGUGUCAAUGUUAAAACAAGACUAUAAAGAAGGAGCAAUGACCUUGAAAUCUGCACUUGCUUUAGCCAUUAAAGUGCUAAACAAAACCAUGGACGUUAGCAAACUUUCUGCAGAGAAAGUUGAAAUUGCAACAUUGACAAGAGAGAAUGGAAAGACAACAAUUAGAGUACUAAAGCAAAAAGAGGUGGAACAGUUGAUAAAAAAACAUGAGGAGGAAGAAGCAAAAUCUGAGCGUGAAAAGAAAGAAAAAGAACAAAAAGAAAAAGAUAAAUAGAACUUGAAAUCAGGCAUUUUAUAGAUUACAUAGGACCUGCUUCAAUGAAAGAUUUGGAUUUCCACUUCAUGAAAGCCUGCAAAUCUGAUACAGUGGAAAAGCCAGAAAUACUAUUUAUUGAGCCAGGCCCCUCAGUCAUUAUAAAAUUUAAUACUUGAUUUACCACUUCUUGCAUUGAAUUACUAUUACUUUAAUUCUGGAAUUCAUUUAUUUCUUACAUCUUUUUGUUUUGUAUUAAAGAAUAAAAUGUGAAAAGAA